UGUUACAUAUAAAAAACUAUUUUCAAGUGCUACAAUGAGUUUUAUAAAAUUUUCAUCACUCCCACAAAUUGCCUACACUUGAUUUAUAAUCAAUCCCCAGUCCCACUCAGGCCACUGAUCUGUUUUCUGUCUUUGUAAGUUUGUCUUCUCUGGACAUUUCAUACAUAUACAAUCAUGCAACUUGUGGCUUUUUGGUCUGGCUUCUGUGACUUAAAAUAAUGUUUUUGAGAUUCAUUCGUGUUGACAUAUGUAUCACAUUUUGCCCAUUUUUAUUGCUGAGUCAUACUCCAUUGUGUGGCUAUGAUCAACUGAUGGACAUUUUGAUUGUUUCUAGUUUUUUAGUUAUUACGAAUAUUUUUGUAGUUGCUAUGAGCAUUUACAUUCAAGUCUUGGGGUAGACAUAUGUUUUCAUUUUUCCUGCAUGGAUUCCUUAGAGUGGAAUUGAUGAGUCCUAGGUAAGCUUAUGAUUUACUUUUUAAGGAACUGCCCAACUUUUGCAAGGUAAUUAUACCAUUUUAUUCCCACCAGCAAUAUAUGGGGGUUCAGUCUCUCCACAUCAUCAACUUUGGCAUUUUUUUAUUGUAGCCAUUCUAUAUAUGUAUGUACCUAAUGGUAUCUCAUGGUUUUAAUUUGUAUUUCCCUAAUGGCUAAUGGUGUUUAUCUUUUUAUGUGCUUUUUAGCCAUCUGUGUAUCUUUUUUGGUAAAAUGUCUAUUCAUUUUUUUCUGCCUGUCUUAAAAUGGUUUUAAAAAGUUUUUAUUAUUAGGCUUUGAGAAUCACCGGCGAUAUAUUAGGGUUUCAGUCUCUCCACAUCAUCAUCAACUUUGGCAUUUUUUAUUGUAGCCAUUCUAUAUAUGUAUGUACCUAGUGGUAUCUCAUGGUUUUAAUUUGUAUUCCCCUAAUGGCUAAUGAUGCUUAUCUGUUUAUGUGCUUUUUAGCCAUCUGUGUAUCUUUUUUGGUAAAAUAUCUAUUCAUUUUUUUCUGCCUAUCUUAAAAUGGUUUAAAAAAGUUUUUAUUAUUGGGCUUUGAGAAUCACAUAUUGUGGAUACAAGUCCAUUACGAGGUGUAUGAUUUGCAAAUAAUUUCUCUCACUUUGUGACUUUUAAUUUUUCUUGAUGGUAUCUCUUAGGCAUAAGAGUUUUUAAUUUUAAUGAAGUUCGACUUCCCAUUUUGAGUUGGUUUUAUGUACGGUAAGAGUCGCGGUUUGGGAGUUUUUUUUCCUAACUCCCAUUUGUUGAAAGGUAGGUACCUUUGAGCAGUGCAGGCUGCACAAGCACCGGGCCGCGCUGCCGACCAGUCGGAGGAGACUGGUGAGAGUGUUGGCGCUCCACGGAAAGCAGAGAAAGGCUGGGCUGAUUACCGAGAGCCUGGGCUCGAGUCAGUUCCUUUUGGAGGUACUUUAAGCGGGGCUAGACUGUCUGUGGCGGCUUUGCGGAGGACUACGACUCCCAACAUGCGUCGCGCGAACCUGCCCUCCGGCGGCGGCGGAGACGAGACAGACCUGCCAGUGUGGCUGCAAGGGAAGGGCUGUACCUCGGGUUCUGUAGCAAUAGAUUUCCCAAGGCUUAUCUCUGCGAAGGCCUAGCAGGCGGAGCGGCGAGCAGAACGACCUCCGCAUCCCGACACGGCCCCGCCUCUAGUUGUCCUCAGCCUCCCUCUCUGGUCAGGUAAGCGCUCUUUUUUUCGAGUUUCCCGCGGCAGCUUACCCUUGGAGACGACCGACCGCGGCCUAGAGUUUUGCGGGCGGGGCCCGCCAGAGGCUAGGGUGGAAGAGGCGAUGGUAGAAGCCGGAGAGGCGGUAAGGAGAGUCCAUUCUCCCAGAAAGGGCAGGCCGCCCAGGCUAAGGCCUUGGGGAGUCAAGGGAGCCGCGGGUGGAUGCGGAAGUGCACCGACUCCUCCCCGCUCGGGUGGGGGCUUUGGCGGGGCCAGGCUUACCCUUCAGCAGCUCCCUCCAGGUGUCCGGGCCCAGCCUCGGCCACCACGUCCCACUGGACCCCUCUGGACUCUUCAAUGUUACAUGACAGCUGCCUGGAUCUGUGGAGGGAAAAGAAUGACCAGCUAGUGCGACAAGCCAAGGUGGCUCAGGACUCUGGUCUGUCUCUGAGGAGACAGCAAUUGGCUCAAGAUGCACUGGAAGGGUUCAGGGUACUUCUCCAUAGUCUGCAGGGGCUCCCUGCAGCUGAUCCUCUUCUCCACUUGGAAUUGACUGUUAUCUGCAACUUCAUUACCCUGAGGGUGAGUCUGGCCCAGGGUUUCACUGACGACCAGGCACAGGAUAUCCAAUGGGGCCUAGAGAGAGUGCUGGAGACCCAGGAGCAGCUGGGGUCAAGGCUGGAACAUGGACUUGGAGGGCUGUGGGACUCUGUCCUCCAUUCUUCCUCCCUUCCACCAGAGCUACUACCUGCCCUUCACCACCUAGCUGGCCUGCAGGCUGCCCUUUGGCUCAGCACUGAUCGUCUUUGGGACUUGACCUUACUGCUACAGACCUUGAGUGGCAGCCAGAGUGGGGCCUCUGAAGAUCUGCUGCUGCUUCUGAAAACUUGGAGCCCUCCAGCUGAGGAGUCAGAUGCCCCGUUGACCCUGCAGGAUGCCCGGGAGUUGAGGGAUGUCCUUCUGACAGCUUCUGCUUAUCGCCAAGGCCUCCAGGAGCUGAUCACAGGGAGCCUGCCCAGGGCACUGAGUUGCUUGCAUGAAGCAGCCUCAGGUCUGUGCCCACGGCCUGUGUUGGUCCAGGUGUACACAGCCCUGGGGACUUGUCUCCGUAAGAUGGGAAAUCCACAGAGAGGUCUGCUGUAUUUGGUUGAAGCCUUGAAACAUGGGUCAACCUGGGGCCCCCCACUUUUGGAGGCCUCCAGGCUAUAUCGGCAACUGGGGAACACAGCAGCAGAGCUGGAGAGUCUGGAGCUGCUGGUUGAGGCCUUAAGUAUCACUCACAGUUCUGAAGCCCCCCAGCUCCUCAUUGAGGUAGAGUUGCUACUCCCGCAACCUGAUCCAGCCUCAUCCCUUCACUGUGGCACACAGAGCCAGGCCAAAUACCUGCUAGCAAGCCGAUGUCUACAGACGGGAAGGGCAGAGGAUGCUGCCGAGCAUUACUUGGAUCUGCUGGCCCUGUUGCUGGAUGGCUCAGAGUCAAAGUUCUCCCCAGCCGCCUUCCCCCCAGGGCGUUGUGUGCCUGAGGUGUUCUUGGAGUCAGCAGCAGCCCUGAUCCAGGCAGGCCGAGCCCAGAAUGCCUUGACUGUAUGUGAGGAGCUGCUCAGCCGCACAUCAUCUCUGCUUCCCAAGAUGUCCCGGCUGUGGGAAGACGUCAGAAAAGGAUCCAAGGAGUCACCACACUGCCCACUCUGGGUCUCUGCCACCUACCUGCUUCAGGGACAAGCCUGGGUGCACCUGGGGGCCAAAAAAGAAGCAAUUAGUGAAUUUAGCCGGUGCCUUGAGCUGCUCUACCGGGCCACACCUAAAGACAAAGGACAAGGGUCUGCUUCCAACUCUGAUCAUGGAUGUACAUCAGAUGUGGCACUACAACAGCUUCGGGCAGCUGCCUUGAUUAGUCGUGGGCUGGAAUGGGUGGCCAGUGAUCAGGAUACCAAAGCCCUACAGGACUUCCUCCUCAGUGUGCAGAUGUGCCCAGGUAAUCAAGAUGCUUCCUUUCACCUGCUUCAGACUCUGAGGCGGAUGGACCGGAAAGAUGAGGCCACUGCUCUCUGGUGGAGACUGGAGGCCCAAGCUAAGUUGCCACAAGAUAAUGCUACAUGGUCUCUUCCCCUGUACCUAGAAACAUGUUUGAGCUGGAUACGGCCCCCUGACCGUGAAACCCUUCUUGAAGAGUUUCGGACGUCCUUGCUAGAGCCUUCUGACAUAUAGCUGUCAUGUUUUGAAGAGCCCGAGCUGGGGACCCAGUGGCCCAUUUCUCUGUGGGGAGGUCUUUCUGUUUCUGGAGUUGACCAUUCCUUAUAAGUCUGACAUUGGAGUGGUUGGUGAUAGUCCUGUAAAAUUUGGCCUUGUUACUACCAUUCUGGUUCCAGAGGAAGACCCCUACUUACAAAAAGGCAUUGACUUUGCUCAUGGCACCUUUUCCCCUGUUUUCCCCUUUCUUGUGUUGAGUAAAAUCUCAUAUCCAUCU